UUAACUAAUUUUUUAAGAUGUUAUGUGCUCAACAGUCAACACACACCAAGCGAGUUUCUCUUUCAAGUUUGAACUGUAAGUCUGUAACGCAGUCCAUUCAAUACGAUGUCGUUUCACUCAAAACUACUCAACAAAACCCUCUUUUAUUCCCUCUUUACCCUCCGUCGAUUCACUACCACCGCCACCACCACCGCCAAGCAAUUUCCCGCUAACCCAACCUCCACCUCUUACGACGAACUCACCAAUGCUGCUGGAAGCUCCGGCGACUUCCAUGCUCUUCGCGAUGCCCUCAACAAGCGCAUCCAAGACAACUGCUUCAACACCAAGUCCACCUUCAACUUCGUCACCGACGAAACCUUCUCCUCUUCCCUCCUCAACCACCUCCUUCAAACCCUAUCCGCCCUCAACCGCGGCGUCACGCGCAAGAACGCGUUCGAUUCCCUCAUCACGCGCCUCUGCAAGCUCCAGCGCGUCGAUGACGCGCUCCACGUCAUCGAAUAUAUGGUACGUAUCGACGCCGGGGGCUGCCGCCCCAGUGCGACCACCUUCUACCCCGUCCUGAACCUCCUAACGCGCCAGAAAGCCAUAGACCACGCGCGGCGCGUGGUAGAUUUCAUGUCCACGCUUGGCCUGAAUCUGGAUCUGACGGGACACAACUACUUCCUCGUUGCGCACUGCUACGCCGGAGACGUGGCUGCCGCCGCCGGAGUUUUGAAGAAGAUGGAGGAAGAUGGGAUUGAUGCGGACGCGCGUACGUUCGACGCGCUUGUGUUGGGCGCGUGUAAAGUUAAGAAGGUGGACGGUGGUAUGAUGCUUGUGAAAAGGAUGGUGGAUGAUGGAGUUCCUAUUUUGUAUUCAACGCACAUGUUUGUGAUUAGGGGUUUGUUGCAGAUGAAAUGCUAUGAACAAGCUUUGAGGUAUGUGAAGGGUUUUGGUGGAAAAGAUAAAGCUUUGGAUGCUGAACUUUUUGGGUAUUUGGCUAGCCAGCUUGUAGGGUUGAAGAGGAUUAAGGAGGCAGUGAUUGUUUUGGAGGAAAUGGACCAAAGGGGUUUGCCAAUGGGUCACAAAUUGAGAAUCUUUUAUGAGAAGAAUGCUGGAAAUGAGGAUAAAGGGGAGAAGAAGAAGGAGAAGAAGAGGAGUGGUUGAUGGGGUUGAAAUUUUCAGAGUGAAUGUGAAAGUGUUGGGACAUGAGAGGCUGAAAGUUUUCAUGUGGAGAGCUGCUCACGGGCGACUAUUCACAGCAGUAAGAAAAGCUAGAGUGUUCGGCUCAAAUUCAAAGUGCCCCCUUUGUAAGGAUGUAGAGGAAACAACCUUAUAUGCACUUAGGGACUGCUCAAGAACCGCUUGGAUUUGAUUUCAAUUCAUUCUACCUAGUGUGAUUCCCAUAUUCUUCUCUAUGGAGUUUUAAGACUGGAUCAACUUAAAUCUGAGGAAUAACAUGGGAAGAAGAUCUCAAACAUGGCGAGAGGAGUUUAUUACUACAUGUUGAUGGAUUUGGUAUUGGAGAAACAAGAAAGUUUUUAAUCCACCUUUCACCAGACCACCAAAUGCUGUCAAGGUUAUAAAAGAGGCGAUCAAAAGAAGCAAAAAAGCUUUUGACAAAAAAAAGUGGUAUCCAGUGAAAGAUGACAUACUAUCCUAGUAAGAUGGAAGCCGCCAAAAUUGGAAUGGGUAAAGCUUAAUGUAGAUGGAGCAAGAAAGGAGGAGGAACGUGCUGUUGGGUGUGGGGGUUUGAUUAGAAAUAAUAAGGGAGAAUGGAUUGGAGGAUUUGAGGCCAGAAUAGAAGAGCAAGGCAGCAUCACCCAUGUUGAAAUUUGGGGAAUACUCAAAGGAAUGAAAAUGGCAUGGGAUCUCGGUAUACGGAGGAUAAUAAUUGAAACAGACUCGAAAGAAGCUUAUGAUUGUAUUAACAUGGCUGAAGAAGAAGGACGAUAUCAAAAUGCCCUCAUUCGGGACAUUUUCAA